AACUGUUAACUGUUAUUCUAUGGUUAGGUGCACAUUUUUGAAAAAUGACAGAAACUGGAGUUUUUCAAAUAUUACUGAAAAAUGAAAAACCUGAAGGCUUUAAUGGUAAUGUUAGUUACUCAAAACAUCAACCUGAAGCAGCGAAGAUAAUUGCAAAGAAUCUCACUGAAAUAAUUUACCAAUCCUAUAAACGAAAUUCAUGUGAUAGUAGGUCUAAAAGACAACAAAUUCUGGGAUUCAUUAAUAAUUUGUGUGUCAUUCCUGAACAACAUAAUUAUGAUGAUUAUAUGACAUGUGCUUUGAAACAGUUAAAUAAAAAUUUUAUAUCAAUAAAAGAUGCAGAUCUUAAGAAUAAUAUUGCUUCUGAUUUGAAAGCAUAUACAAGUAAUAUCUUUGAGAACAGUGUUCAGCAAUAUUAUUUGAAAAAAGUAAAAUUGAAAGAGAAAAAAUUAAAAGCAAUUGAUAAUAUAAAUAAAAGAAAUCUAGAAAGCCUGGAUAAAAAAUACCAUUUGGAAGUACCCAAAAAGUAUUUUUUUGAACACAACGAAACAUUAAUAAAAAAGCUACUAGGCAGUGGAAAUACUUCUUUAACUGAGAGUGUGUACGAUGUGAAAAGUACUUAUCAUAGGGAUAAACUGGUGAAGUUAGCAUAUUCGAUGAUAAACACUAAACAAUAUGACAUGCUAAAUAAGAUAUUAUCGUCAAUGUUAGAUGUUUCUGACUUAAAUAAGGCUGAGAAAUCUUUGUUGCGGUAUAUAUGGUCCCAAGAUUAUGAAAGUACCCAUCUUUAUAUUCAAGAGUACAUUGAUAUGUUCCAUUUUAUAUCAGAGCAAACUCUGAUAAAGAAAGCUACCCAUCUGAUCGAAUUAAGCGACGAGCAAGAUGUUCAUCAGUAUUUAAGUGAUUUGGAAAAUGACGCCGACAUUAUUAAAUUAAGAAAAAUCUGCCAGAAGGAUCACAUAUAUUAUUUAAAAUUAAAAAGCUUGCUGUAUGAACUGUACUGUAUUAGUUUUUGUAAUGAAAAUGUAUUAAGGUUAAGUGAUAUAAUUGUAUUUUAAAAAAAGUCUUUUUAUUUUGAGAUCAAAUAUCUUUUAUUAUAAAUAUUUU